GGUUCCUUGUACCUCGCGUCUGGUAACGCAGCGCCGAGGGUCUUGUUCCGCUAUGCGGAUCACCGGGAAGACAUUCCGUCGGCGCCGCGCUGACUCGGAGUCGGAGGAGGAUGAACAAGAAUCAGAGGAGGUUCGGCUAAAACUGGAAGAAACGCGAGAGGUGCAGAACUUGCGGAAGAGGCCAAAUGGGGUGAGUGCGGCUGCCCUGCUGGUGGGAGAGAAGGUUCAAGAGGAGACUACUCUGGUGGAUGAUCCUUUCCAAAUGGCGACAGGUGGCAUGGUGGACAUGAAGAAACUGAAGGAGCGUGGCAAAGACAAGGUCAGUGAAGAGGAGGAUCUGCACCUGGGGACAUCUUUUUCUGCAGAGACCAACCGGAGGGAUGAGGAUGCAGACAUGAUGAAGUACAUUGAGACGGAGCUGAAGAAGAGGAAGGGGAUUGUGGAGCAAGAGGAACAGAAGGCCAAGCCCAAGAAUGCUGAGGACUGCCUCUAUGAGCUGCCAGAGAAUAUCCGAGUCUCCUCUGCCAAGAAAACUGAGGAGAUGCUGUCCAACCAGAUGCUGAGUGGCAUCCCUGAGGUGGACCUGGGCAUAGACGCUAAAAUAAAAAACAUCAUUUCCACGGAGGAUGCCAAGGCCCGGCUGCUGGCAGAGCAGCAGAACAAGAAGAAGGACAGCGAGACAUCUUUUGUGCCCACCAACAUGGCUGUGAACUAUGUGCAGCACAACCGCUUUUAUCAUGAGGAGCUUAAUGCACCCAUCCGAAGAAACAAAGAAGAACCCAAAGCCCGGCCCUUACGAGUGGGUGACACAGAGAAGCCAGAGCCCGAGCGUGAGUACAGCUCUGGACAGUACUCAGGUGGCCCUGGGAGGCAGAAUCAUGCAGGGCAGGGCAGGGCAAGGCAGGGCUCAGGCCCUGGCAACCAAGGCAUCCGACCUAGAACCCUGCUAAGGACAUUUCCGUUUCCAAACUGUGGUUCCUCCUUGAUAAAAUUAAAAGUGUAGAGGCAGCUGGUUGGUUGCUCUGAGGCCCCGAAGCUGGAAGCUGGUAGAGACUGAGUUUGAAAGUUUUGGUAAAGGUGACUCCAGCCAAGUUCUCUCUUGAACAGUAAUAUCUGCUAGUUCCACCAUGACAGGCAACUUCUAUUCUCCUCAGGGUCCCCUCCCAACCGCAAGCGUCCUGCUAAUGAGAAGGCCACAGACGACUACCACUAUGAGAAGUUCAAGAAGAUGAACAGGCGCUACUAAGGCAGCGGUAGGGGCUGGAUUAACAAUUCACGUACACGUGUACACACACACACACACACACACACACACACACACACACACACGUUCUCUUGCAUAGAACCUGCUUAUUAGCUCUUGAAGUUGCCCAUCAGACAGUGCUUCUGCUCAGCUGCUGGAUUUCCGUUUUGGUUUUGGUCGGAGACUGUGGCUCCCAUGUAUCCUAGGCCUUGAACUCCCUCCUCCCUCCUACUGGGGUUUUAGAGGCCCCACACUCCUGGCUGGCAUUUUAAGCACUAACUUUGUAACUUUUGAAAGAAAACAAUGUGUCUAUGUCUAUAUUGUUUCCUACCUGGAGCAAACUAUCCUUAAGAAUAUUAUUAAAUAAUUUGUAAAUA